AUGAUGAAUACUCUCAUCACCUUACCUCUGGAUGUUUUGUCAUCCAAGCAGUUGACGGAAGUUACAGUUGAUGGUUCUGCAAAAGAAAAUAGCGCAAUGGACGAAGUGUGGGAGCAACUUGCAGAAAAUGAUGACGACAAAUCUCUUUCCGAAUUCAAAGACUCGUCAAUGAUACUGAUAGAAGAUUCUGAUAAUGACUCAGACAUGCCGCAAGGGAAGGAAACAGAGGUGUUGGAAUCAAAUACGACUAGUGAUCAAAGACGAAGUCAAUCUCUGCAAAGUUUCCCCUCGUUUGAAUCGUUGGAUAUGAGUGCUGUCUUCAAGAAGUAUUACGAGGGUAAAGAUCUAAAUUACCUCAAAAGCUUGUGGAAAGGGCUUAUACCGGCCCUACUCUUAUGCAGCAACCCCUCCAUACAUUACACGGCGUUUGAUCUGACAAAAGUAAGGAUACUGGAGAGACGAAAGCAAGAAGGAUACAAAUUGAGCAUGCCAGAAGCAUUCUUGGUAGGCCUCUUUGCAAAGUUCGUGGCUACUAUAGCAACAUAUCCUUUGAUAAGAGCAAAGGUGAUUUUGAUGGUAACUUCAGAGACCAGCUUGAUAAACACUCUACAAAAGUCAUAUAAAGAAGAGGGCAUAAGAGGACUAUACAAAGGGUGUGAUUGGCAGCUAUUGCAUACCAUUCUGAAGAGUGCCCUCAUGAUGAUGGUUCGCGAACGAAUUUCUGACUCAUCUAGAAGACUGCUAGUAGGAAAGGAACCAUCUAGACAAUAG